GGCCAAUUAACCAUAGAAGGCCCCACCAUAGAAUCGUCAAACUCCCUUCUAAAGCCCAUGAAAUAAAGUGGGGAGUUUUUUUCGCGGCGGCGGCCACCUUCAUCCUCCGAGCAAAGUGAGGAGAAUAGGAAAUGGCACUGCUCACUUCACUCUCCCUCACCCGUACCGCAACUCCUACCUCUCUAUCAACUUCAACGCGUAUUUUUUAUGAUCACGUCAAUCUCCGCUCAUCGUCGUCUUCUUUUUCCGGCAGCCGCCAACUCCCCCUCUCCGGUAUGCCAUUCUUUGGCCACUUCCAAAAGCAAUUUGUGGUUUAUGCGAAAAGAUUAUCUGGAUUAGAAGAGGCCCUAAGAAUGAAAAGGGAGCGCGAACUGAAAGGCUCUAACAGCACUCAGAGAAGGGUUCCUUUGAAGCGAGGACGGGUAUCACCAGAGCUUCUUGUUCCUGAUCACAUAGUGAAGCCUCCUUACGUGGGCUCAAGAGAGUUGCCAGAAAUCGCGAAUGAACAUCAAAUUCAUGAUGCUGAAGGAAUUUCUCGUAUGAGAGCUGCAGGUGAGCUUGCUGCCCGGGUGCUAGAGUAUGCAGGAACAUUGGUUAGGGUGAGAUUUAUUGACACUCAUUGUUUAAUUCGAGAGCUUCUUUCACAAAAUGUUUAUUACAGAAAUGUUAAACUUGAGUCUAAUACCUCGAAUGUGGACGUGUUGUUUGCACAAUGAGAUGUGUGGUUUAGAGGAUCAUGCUGUUAUGAAGAAAAAAUUGUUCUUUUCUUCAAGAAUCCUAACUUCUUAUAUGUAGUUCUGCUAACAAAUCUACUUGUAUUUUAUGGUUGCGUAAGGCAUUCAUCCAGAAUACAAUACACUGCAAUUAUUCUUCUCUCUAUUUUGCCCUAUCUUUCAAAAGAAAAUUUAAGUUGUUGUGAA